AUGCCGGAUUUACCCAAGUCGUCAAGGCGGCAUUCAUCGAACGGGCACGGAGGUGGUGGAACGGAUUCCCCCAAGAAGGAAAAAUCAGAUAAAGUUAAGCAUACAAGGAGGUCUUCUAAGAAUAGGGAGAUAUCGGACAGUAGUACUAGGAGCAUCCAGCAAUCCACGGAUCCAAGUCAAGGCAGCAAGUCGCCGCAAAACCUACCGGACAUCCCUAAGAAAACGCGACGGAAGAAGUCGAAGGACUCGUCCAUUGGGAGUCCAUCAGGGUCAAGGAGAUCUAAACACCAUGCUAGUUCAGAAACAUGUACAUCUCCUGGACACCAAUCUGCAACCAUUUCUCAGAGAUCUUUUCAAGAGGGGGAGGACAAGGGAUUUACAUGA